GGUCCACGGUACGGCUGCCUUGUGACCUACACUAUACUGUUUGAAUGGGAAUCCAAUGGAGCUCAGGACCUCAGGCCCCUGCCUGAGGGAGGAGAGCAUGGAAGAGCAGGAUGAGAAGCCCCCAGGGCCCCUGAAGUCCUGUGUGCAGGACUCUCUCCUUCCUCAAGAGAUGAUCAUCAAGGUCGAGAGAGAAGAUGCUGGGUCACUGGUCAUCCCAUCCCAGGAAGGAGUGAACUUCAAAGUUGUGACUGUGGACUUCACUCAGGAAGAGGGCAUUUUGAACCCUGCUCAGAAGACUCAGAACAGAGAUGUGAUCCUGGAGAACCACAGGGACUUGGUCUCUUGGGACUCAGCAACUGCACUUGAAAUAAGAAAGUCAACAUCAAAGCAGAGAAUUUUUGAUGAUGAACCAUCCCAUGGAGUGAAGUUAGAAAGGUUGGCAAGAAAUGAUCCUUGGUUAUCUUCAUGUGAAGAAGUUUUGAUUUGCAAGGACCAGUUGGAGAAGCAACAGGAAAAACAAGAAAGACUUUUGAAGAAAGUAACAUUCACUCAAAAGAAUGCUAUUACUCAUGAGACAGUCUGCAAAAAUGAUGAACCUGAGGAAAAGAGUAAUCCGAAUUCCAGCUUUCUUUUACCCGAGAUGAUACCUAUAAGAAACCAUUUUCACGAACGUGCCUCACAUGUUAAAAAAUUACAUCCUUCAGUUAUGAAUAGUCAUCAGAUGAUUAAUGACGAUGAGAAACUAUGUGAAAAUAAUGAAUGUGGAAAAAAACCCCAAAGCAUUCACCUUUUUCAGUUUACAAGAACUCAAACAGAAGAUAAAUCCUAUGGAUUUAGCAACAAUAUUCAAUCUUUUAGCCAUGGUAUGCCUAUAAAUAUACAUGAGGAAAUACAUGCAAGAGGAAAAUCCUUUGAUUUUAAGGAAUGUGGCCAAGUUUUGAACCAUAGCAUAUCCCCUAAUGAACAACAGAGAAUUCCUGUUGAAGAGAGACAAUAUACAUGUAGUAAAAUCUCCCAGAAUUCACCGCUUGCUUCAAACAUUAGAAAUUCUGAAGAGAAACCCUUUGAAUGUAAGCAAUGCGGGAAAUCCUUCAGCUGGAGCUCUCAUCUUGUCGCACAUCAGAGAACUCAUACAGGGGAGAAACCUUACAAAUGUAACGAAUGUGGGAAAUCCUUCAGCCGGAGCUCUCACCUUGUUUCCCAUCAGAGAACUCAUACUGGAGAGAAACCUUAUAGGUGUAAUCAGUGUGGGAAAUCCUUUAGCCAGAGCUAUGUCCUUGUUGUGCAUCAGAGAACUCAUACUGGAGAGAAGCCUUACGAAUGCAAUCAGUGUGGAAAGUCAUUCAGGCAGAGCUACAAACUUAUUGCACAUCAAAGAACUCAUACCGGAGAGAAGCCCUAUGAAUGUAAUCAGUGUGGAAAAUCAUUUAUCCAGAGCUGUAAACUUAUUGCACAUCAAAGAAUUCAUACUGGAGAAAAACCGUAUGAAUGCAAUCAAUGUGGAAAGUCCUUUAGUCAGAGUUACAAACUUGUUGCCCAUCAGAGAACUCACACAGGAGAAAAACCCUUUAAAUGUAAUCAAUGCGGAAAAUCCUUUAGUUGGAGCUCUCAUCUUGUUGCACAUCAAAGAACUCAUACUGGAGAAAAACCCUAUGAAUGUAACGAGUGUGGGAAAUCUUUCAACCGCAGUUCUCACCUUGUUAUGCAUCAGAGAACUCAUACAGGAGAAAAACCCUAUGAAUGUAAUCAGUGUGGGAAGUCUUUCAGCCAGAGUUAUGUUCUUGUUGUACAUCAGAGAACUCAUACUGGAGAAAAGCCCUAUGAAUGCAAUCAGUGUGGGAAAUCUUUCAGGCAGAGUUCAUGUCUUACUCAACAUCAGAGAACUCAUACUGGAGAGAAACCUUUUGAAUGUAAUCAGUGUGGGAAAACAUUCAGCCUGAGUGCUCGACUCAUUGUACAUCAAAGAACACAUACUGGAGAGAAACCCUUUACAUGUAGUCAGUGUGGGAAAGCUUUUAUUUACAGCUCUAAACUUAUUAGGCAUCAGGCAACUCAUACGGAAGGGAAACCCUAUGAAUGCAACUAGUUUGGAAAAUUUUUAGCCAGAGUAUAUUCCUUCCUCCUCCCCUUCCAAGGAAGUGUAUGUAUUGGAAAGAACUCAUAUAAAAAUAAUGUAAGUGGAAAAGCUUUCAGUUAGCUCUCUGUUGUUGUGUAUCUGGAAAUUUCC